AUGGGUCAGACUGGGGCGGCCGCCGCUUAUUUCGAUGACAGCUUCCAUGGCCCGGAACAACCAGCCCCACCGGCAGAUAUCGCUCUAUCUAGACCCCCGAAGCCAUCGAAGCCUUCAAAGCCUUCAAAGCCCUCUUCGUCUGGAAUUCUUCCUGCUGCCGCUGUUGGAGCUGCCGCUUAUGGCAUUAGUGGUAUGAUGUCACACUCUGAGUCGGACUCGCCUGCACAACACACUCAGCAGAUACAGCCAUUGGCACACUCACAGUCAAUGCCAUACAACCAGCCAAUGGCAAGCGGUAGUCACAACCUUCCCCCCAAGCCGUCCUAUUCUCACAGCUUCAGUGAAGGCGCCGGUCUAGCAGCUGCGGGUGCGGCUGCGGGAUACAUGAUGAGCCAUCACCAUCAUUCCUCAAGCCCACACCAUGCACCUCAACACCCUUUGCAGAACUAUGGCCACUAUUCUCAAGCCGGCAUGCCACCGUACGCUUCUGGUCAUAGUGAUGCCUUGCAUGUUGCAGGUCCGGGAGGCUACGCUUCUUAUGCCGCCCAUAAUCCCGGCUUCUAUCCACAUCCGCCCAGCGCUCUAGCUUUCCAAGAGCGCCAGCGCAGUCCUAUGGAUAGAUUUGUCGAUUUUUGGCGAGAUCCUGAGGGUGUUGGAAGGUUCGAGGACUACACUGAAACUAUUGGUGUGUGCAAGUAUUGUUUCCAGCCUGGCACCACCUCCGUCGACGCCCCUCGCAAACAUCACUAUCACCGCCGCCGCCGAUACUCCGGCGAUCGACACAGCAUCAGUGGCAGUUCCAGAGUUAGCAAAAACAGCCGGUACAAUUCCUCUGAUGACGAGAGUCGCCGACGGUCCAAGUCCAAGAAAUCCUCCUCGUGGCUGCCUGGCAUGCUAGCGGGUUAUGCGACCAAGUCCCUUUUAUCGAAUAAGGAAUUUGAUGAAUCAUACAGCGUCCGCUCCGGCCGAGUGACUUCUUCUCAUGGCGAAGAAGAUGAUCGCAAAAGUCAUACCUCUCGUGGUGUGACUCGUCGCUCCGGCCGCAGUCCCCACAGAGACCACCACGCAGACUCCCAGCAUACAUCUCGUCAUACCGACUCCCGGAACACACGCUCCCGAUCACGGUCUUCCUCUCGGUCUGGCCGGCACUCGUACCUGAAGGAAGCCGCAAUCGGUGCCGCAGUGGGUGGUGCUGCGCUGGCUGUGGCGAAAUCGCGCAACCGCUCCCGCAGCCGCUCUCCCGGCAGAGGCCAGCACCGAAAGGAGUCUUCCUCGUCGUCGUCCUCUGACAGCUUCCGUCGGCCUGCCAAAAAGACCGUGGCUGGUGGUAUUGGAUCAUUCUUCACUGCCUCUUCCGAGAACAGGAAGAAACGCCAAAGCAAGAAGCGGAGCGGCUUCUUCUCCUUCAAGAGUGGAUCUUCAUCCUCGUCCUUGGACCAUGACCUCGCCUUCGGAGAUGGCUUCCCAAAGAAAACCUCCAAGCUCAAGAAGAAGGAUAAGAGAGGCAAGAAAACUAAAGAUGUCGAUACUGCGUUGCUCGAACUUAGCGAUACGGCAAGCCGUCUGGCUGGAUCUUCGCCUCAUGGCCCUAUCCGGAGCGCAGGUCAGAUGUACACCAGCAGGUCCCGUCAUUCUCAACACGUUUCUGCCAAAGAAGAUGACGAUUGGAUUGAUGCUGAGUCGGAAGACCAAUCUUCUUCGAGUGUCAGCUCUGCACUUGCCUUUGGAGGAAGCAGUGCUGAGUCUUCCUCCGACUCUGGCAAAAGCACAUGGGGCUGGAGAUGGGGAAGCAAGAAGGACAAGAACAAGAAGAAGGACAAGAGGUCGAGCGCAACGAAUGCCGCCAUGGCAGCUGGCGCCGGCGCUGUUGCAGCUGCUGCAGUGUCUUCUGCUCGACACCGUGACAGUCAACCACCGAGCAGUUCCGGAAGCCUCCAACAGGUUUACCCAGUGCCUACUUCCGAUCCUUCUCGCUUCGACGCUGCUAGAAUCGCCCCAGCUGUGUCUGCCGGUGAGCCAGCUCUCAUCCGCCCGGGACCUAUUCCCCUUCAGCAGCCGCAGCCUUUUACUCCCGUCUCUCAAUCAGUGUACACUACCCAGGGAGGCCUUCCGGGGUCAAUUCCCGUGUACAGCGACCCGGUAGUUCCCUUGGCUUUCUCCCGUGGGCCUGAGCAGUAUGAUCCACGAUUCCAAGGUCAUCGCGAUGCAGCAUGGGCUCAAGAGGAUUCGACCUACGCUGACCAGCAGUGGAGACCUCAUCGGCGCAGCGACUCCUCGCCGGUGUUCUCCACCCAAAAAUCUUCUUCAAGCCUCAAGCGUCGAUCCACCGGCAGAGAUCAAGCCUCCGUGCAAUUCAGCCUGACAGAAGAGCAAGUUGAGAGAGAACGCCACCUCACUCGCCUUGACAAGAAUUAUCGGGAUGAAUAUGUUGAUGAACCUGUUCAACUCAUUGACCGCGAGGAAGAGCUGGCUCGUCUGGAAAGUGAACGCCGUGACCGUCGCCGGAAGGAGCGCGAUGACGAGGAGCGGCGGUAUGCCGACAGCAAGGCAAGCGAGUCCUCAUCCUGGGCUGGCGCUGCGGCUGCUGGAGCUAUUGGUGCUGCUGCUACCAGCGCAGUUCUGUCUCUCAAGGGAGAUGAUGAUGAAGCCUCUCAGGCCAGUCAGCGAUACAAUGAACGCCGAGAGAAACGCCGCGCUGAGCGGAAGCGCGAUAUGGAUCCCACAGCGGUUCCUUCCACUGUGUCGCGUUCUGAGCCUGCUGAGCCUAUCGAGGAAGAAGUACAUUCGGAGGAACCUCGCGAAGAUCGGAAAAGACGGCCUUCUCGCUCACCAGCGCUCGUUCAUGAUGAUUACGCAGAAUUUUAUGCCCCCGAAGAGCUACGACACAGCCCAAAUGAGCAUGCCCGCAGCCCCGACUCCACUACCAUGCCCACCAUUGUGGAGAUCGAGCCUGCCAGUGAACGAAAAGCACGUGAAGAGCCCGAACCUGCCGAGCCGGACUAUUCAUACGAACCCUACCAACAUGUUGACCAUCUCCCGUGGCCAGUCCCCUCACUCAACUUCAUUGAGCCAACUCCUCCCCAUAGCGUGAACGGUGGUUCCGUCCGUGACGUUACCUCUCCAGCCCCUGUACAUACAUCUUCUGAUACCAAGCCACGCGAACGACCAACGACCGGCUCCCGCAUCUCCUGGGGCGAGCAUGAAACCCACGAAUAUGACGUCCCAUCUUCCCCCGAACAGGGUCCUCUCGACUAUGACGUCUCCCCUACCGAGGUCUCAGCUCAAAAUGUUCCUCUCCCGGCAUCCGAAGUCUCACAGACUAAGGAUACCACCGGCAAAUCUGGCUACGGUGAUGACAUUGAAUUUGCAGCCACGGUUGCUGCUGCCACUGCUGCGGCUGGAUUUGAUCCCGCUUUGAUUACCGAUGACGCAUCCUACCACACCCGCACCUCACCUCCCGGGUCGGAGGAUGAAGAACGCUUCACCUCGCCGUGGUCAAAGUCUGCUCGCAAGGAACGCCGUGGCUUCGUUGAGGGCGAGCUCGAAGAAAUUGAUCCCAAGUCUACGAAGACGACCUCAGCAUCUGAGCGUAUCGGCCGCGACAAGGAUGAGCUCUUUUUUGAUGAGCCAAGUUCCUUGCCAAGUUCCUUGCCAAGAGACCGAGAUUUUUCGGAGCGCCGCAAGAAGUCUCCAACCUCCGAGGACGUCCUUGAGCAGCUGAACGGCAAACAUGGCAAGCAUGAGCGCACAGCCUUCUCCGAACAGGAUGUUGAUGCCUUCUCAAUGCCUGGUGGCUUUGACACAGGCGAUUCUCGAGAUUUGGUUGACAACAGAUCUGUCUUCUCGGCGCCGGCACCUGCUGCCAUGGAUCCAGAGACCCCGACGAAGUCCAGGUCUUCUAAGUCUAAAUCGAAGAAGUCGAGGCGAAGUGGCGAUGAUUUCGAAAUCUACGAGUCGCGCGAGGCAUCCCCAGCUCGGGAUGAUGCUUACUCUGUUAUCUCUGCUCCUGUAUCCAAGGACGAGACUUCCAAGUCCAAGUCGAAGUCCAGGAAGUCCAGACGGAGCGGUGAUGACUUCGGCAUUCUUGACUACCCCGACUCAGUGACCAAUGAGUCGCAUGAUGAUUCUUACUCAGUGAUCUCUGCUCCUGUUUCCAAGGACGAGACUUCCAAGUCCAAGUCCCGCAAGUCUCGGCGCAGCGGCGAUGACUUCGAUCGAACCCGUGACACGGAGGAGGAUGUUAGGACCAGUAGGCGUCAAAAGGACGAGCGACGUCGUCAUCGGUACGAGGAAGUCAUGGACUCGGGGAGGGAACGCGAAUCUAAGAAGGACGGAUUUAAUGACGACUUCGACGAUCAAUCCUUAAGAGAGCGCUCCGAAAUACUAGCCGAGACCGAGCGUGAGGAUCAUCGUGCUUCAGGGCUCCCAAGUAUUGCGGUCGGUAUCGCUGCAGCAUCCGCAAACGAGGCCUUGCAGCACAGACCCCGGAGCCGCUCUACAUCUCCCCCAGUGGCGGAGAAGACUCUCGACUUGACCCCGAAAUCCCGAAGCCGACCUGUCUCACCUGAAACAACCCGCCCCCACGGGUCCCAAUCCCCUCACCAACGCCGCCACUCGGUAGCCAAGACCACCAACGAGUCCCCUACAGCAGUGCCGAUCCACUUCCGGCGGCCGCCAACAUCCCCACGUCUCUCCCGAGCAGCGCCAGCCGAGCAACCGGCCCCCGUUGCAUCUCCCGGCUCCCCAAGCCAGCGGCGCACCCGCCGGCCCAACUCACUGGAAUUCCGGAACUCCCGCGAGAUCCGCCCAUUAUGGCUCGUCGAGCGUCACGGCUUGACCAAAGGCGAGCCCGAGACCGAGGAGCCCCUGCCAUCACUCCCAUCCAGCAAGAGUUCCUCCCGCGUCCCAUCAAUCGAGGACCUCAAAUCCCUCGGUGAUGACGACGGCAUGAAGAGCUGGGAACACGUCGACCUAAGCCACUCUAUCACUGGCAAUCGCCGGCCAACCGGGCUGACACUCUCAACAGACUACCCAACUGCAAGCAAUGAUACGGCCCAGGACGAAGAUCUCCUCAACUCACAGCAAGCCACUCCUACCGCCGAGCACUUCGCAGAGUCCAGAAAAGAGAGACCCAGAUACGAGUUCCAUUCUCCCUCUGAGCUCCUGCAUGAUCCAGCUGCUCUGGACCAAUUACCUUCGUCGCCGACUCUAGACCCCCUUCCAUCUGCCGAGGGCUCGGCUAUUGGCGUAGGCUCCAGAGAGCAGGAAACACAACGCGCCCUCGAUGCUCUUGAAGGUGUGUCUCAGUCGCAUGGGGAAACCCCGACACAGGAAAAGAACACUUUCUUCGGCGAUGCGCCUGAUCUCGCAAAGGGCGUCGGCUUUGCCGGUGUUGUUGAUGCGGCUGCUAUCGCUGCUGUCAAGGAGAGAGAUGAGCAUCGCUCUUUCGCUGAUCCACAGCUAGAUACUGGCCGGGAAGAUAUUCGUGGAUUCGGCGAUAUCGUCGAUGCAGCUGUUGCUGCGGAACGCUCCCCCGAGAAGACAUCCGCCGAGGAAGAGCUUGAUGAGCCUGUUACUGCUAUUGAAGAGAAUAGUCCUGCUUCAUUUGGCGCAUCUGAAUCUACACAGCCCAUUGAACCUUUUGACCCUCAAUCUCAGCUUGAGACAGAAGUCGUUGUUGAUGAGGGCGCUGCUACACAGCCUUCCAAGAAAAAGAAGAAGAAGAAGGGGAAGAAGGGCCAGGCUGCUACUGAGGAGCCAGCAACUCAGGACAAUGCUCUUGAAGAGCCGCUGGGCGAGCCAGACUCUGUUGAGCCCGAGGCUGUUGCUCCAGUGCAAACCAAAGCUGAGCCUGAGGCAUCGCGGGAGCUUGGGCCUGAGGCCAAGAUUGAAGAGCCUGUGGCUGGAGCUCCUUCUGCUGAGGCUGCUCCUGUUGAAUCCCAGCCUGUCGAGGCAUCGCGUGAGCUCGAGCCCUCUCUUCCGGCCACCCAGGAGCCAGAGGUUGUCAUUCCUUCCGAGAUUGAGAAUGCUCAAGCCACCUCUGCGGAGACUGAACAGGUCGAUGAGACUAAGAAGUCUAAGCGCGACAAGAAAAAGGAGAAGAAGAAAAAGGCCAAGAAUGCUUCUUCUGUCGAGGAGCCUGCGGAUGGCACUGCUCAUUCUAAUGAGAUUGCUUCUAUCACCGACGAGUUGGAAAAACCUCAAAGCCAGCAGGAAUCACGAGAGCUGGUUGUCGAUCCCGUGGAGCAGCUAUCUACUGAAGAAUCUGGCUUGCCUAUUCCCGCAGAGUCGACUCUACCCGCCGAGGAACAGGAAGCCCAAGAGGCUGUUUUCACCGAUGCCAAUGAGAACCAACUUGCAGAGGCCGCGCAACCUGAAGCGGAGGAAGCAUCCCGCAACUUGGAAGACACAGAGAAGCGAGCUGAAGAUCCUUCUCCAGAGCUUACUAUGGAUGAUACUACCACAGCAAUUCCUGCGACACCUAAAGAAGACACGGAGGAGGAAGACAACUUCGAAGAGGCCGUUGAACAACAGACACCGCAGCCUGUCGAAGAAAAGGCGGCAGCAUCGGAACCUCUUGUCGAAGCGGCUGAAGAAGUCCCACCAGAAGCGACAGAAUCCAAAUCAGAGAAGCGGAAGAAUAAGAAAAAGAAGAAUCGCAAAUCCGCUGCCGUUGAAGGCGCCCAGGUUACCGAAACGCCUGCUCCCGAGACCGAAACGCAGCCAGAAAGCCAAGAUUUCGGACCUGAGCAACCAGCUGCAGCAGAAUCUGCGGAUACCCAACCUUCUUCAAUUGGCGGCGAAGCCUUACCUUCUGAUGCCGAUCAUCUUGAAAAAGCCGCCAAUGAUGUCGAGCCACCUUCUGAAAUCACAGCGGAAGACUCCGCGGCAACCCCAGGGCAAGAGCAGAUGCCAUUGGAGCCCGCUGUGGAUGCGACACCUGUUGUGGCCGAGCUAGCACAGUUACAGAACUCGUCGACUGAAGUGGCAGAGCCGGCUGUGCUUGAGACACUGCCCAAUGUCGAACUACAACAUCCCGCUGAUGAGUCUUCUCGCGAAAUCCCAGAAGCUUCUACUCUCGAGACUCCAGUUGAAACUGAAGCUCAGCCUGAACCUCAACCUGAAGGUGAAGCCGAAGCCAACCCUGAAGCUUUCCUGACUGCGUCGCAGAAGAAGAAGGCAAAGAAGAACAAGAAGAAGGGCAAGCAGAGUCAAUCAUCUGUUCCUGACGAGGACAAACCCCCCGAGAGUGCUACGCCGGCACCCGAGCCCGACACUACCGCUGAAGGCAACUCCAAGGAAGCUCCUCUUACUGAAGACGUAUCGGCUGAUGUUCCUCCCCAAGAAAGCCCAAUGGAGCUCCCUGUUGAAGCCACACAAUCUCUUGAGUCUGAGCAACCCUCUGAGUUAGAGGGGCCCGCGCCCACUGAGGUGGCGCCGGCACAGGAGGAAGCUGCACCAAUCUCUCUUCUGGAGCCAGUAGCAGGUGUUACCGUGGAAGAGGCUGCUAAAGAAGAAUCCCCCAUACCAGACGAGCAACGCAAAGCCGAAGAAAACCCCACCGAGCCGGAGGUUCCUAUGACGGCUGCGGAGAGGAAAAAGGCCAAGAAAAUGAAAAAGAAGCAGCAGAAAGAAAAGACAGAGAACGCCAAGGAUGAUGACAAGCCUGCCGAAGCUGAGCCUGUACUCGAUGCUCAAUCCACCGAAGCGAGUGAGUGCACUCUGCCUGCUGCUGAUGUUGCUAAAGCUGACCCUGUUUCUUCUGCAGACGUCUCCGUACCGGAGAAUACCGAGACCGGUGAGGCCGAACAUGAUGCUCUGCCUACCUCCACAGACGAUCCCGAAGCGGCUCCCAUCACAGAAGAUGUCUCUCUGCCAGCAGAUACCCAGACUACGGACUCUACCAAAGACAUCGAGCCGAUAACUGAGGCUGAGCCAUCGGUAGAUGCUACCACGGAUCUUGCUCUUGAGGCCAUCGAGUCCACCGCCGAGAUUGCUCGUGAAGACCCUGCUACUUCAGAUGGCCCUCAAGGGCUCGACCAAGAAAUCCAGCUUGACCAGUCAGAGAGGCCGGAAAGCAAGGAUGUGAUCUCAGUGCCUACCGAAGAACCUCCAGUCUCUGUUGAAGAACCUCCCGUCCCUGUUGCAGGAACUGAAGCCGCCAAAGAACAAGAAAUUGCCCCCGAACCGGAGGUGCCCAUGACUGCUGCCGAGAAAAAGAAGGCGAAGAAAAACAAGAAGAAGCAGCAGAAGCAACAGUCUGUGGACACUGAUGAGCAGGCCACGCCUACUGCUACAGAGGAACAGAUUGUCGAACAAUCUGCCGAUGUUUUGCCGGAAUCUCAGGCCCCAUCUACUCCAGAAGUUGUUGCGGGUGUUGAGGAGUCCACAAACCCUGAGGCAACACGUGACCUCGAAGCCAUCCCCGAUGUCGAGGAGGAACAAGCAGCUAUUGCGGCACCCGCCGCAGAGCCUGUUUCCGCCACUGAACUUCCUGAGCAGGCUGCCGAUGUCCAACAUGAACACCAGGAGACCAUCUCGGAGAUUACAGUCGAUGCCCCUGCUCCCACAGAAGCCCUAGCCGAAGAGCAAAAGGUUCAUGCCAUUGUUGGUGCAGAGCCUGCUCUAGACAAUUCUGUUGAAGACAAGCUCACGGACUCUACCCCUGAAUUAGCCGUGGAGUCUCCAGUGACAGAGCCAGCCGAGGCUGAACAGGACGCAACUUCUUCCAAGUCAAAGAAGAAGAACAAGAAGAAAAAGCGUCAAUCAGUCAUCACUGAAGAGGAGCAGGCUACACCCGCCGAGGAAACAUCCACAGAGCCCAUGCCAUCCCAGGAGAUUGAACAGUCUCCUGUCAACAAAGACGUGGAAGCACCUCUGGUGGCAGAAGAAGAGAAAGAAGCGCCCAAGGCCGAAGAGCGCCCUCUCGAAGAAAUCGCUGAGUCUGAUGCCCCUGUCGAUGCAGCAGCUGCCGAGGCCGCCGAAGAGGCGUUGAUGACUCCUGCUCAAAAGCGAAAGGCCAAGAAAGACAAGAAGAAGCGCCAGUCGCUUGUUGCUCAGGAGGACCAGCCUGCACCAGCUGAGGAGCCAAAGCCAACCUCUACCACAGAGGAGUCUACUCUUGUGCCUUCCGAGGAGACUCCGGUGCCCGAGCCUACGCCAGCUGAAGAAAUUGAACAGUUUUCUGCCGACAAAGAUGUGGAAACAACCCUUGUGGUCGAAGACGAGAAAGAGGCGCCCAAGACCGAAGAGCUCCCUCUGGAAGAGACCAAUGAGCCUGAUGCCCCUGUCGACGCAGCUGCCGCCGAGGCCGCCGAGGCCACCGAAGAGGCGUUAAUGACUCCUGCUCAGAAGCGAAAGGCCAAGAAAGACAAGAAGAAGCGCCAGUCGCUUGCUCUCCAAGGAGACCAGCCUGAAUCGGCUGAGGAGCCAAAGCCGACAUCUGCUGAAGAAGCGCCUACACCUGUGCUCGACGAACGGGAGGGCAUUGAGUCUACUGUCCCCUCGUCCGCUGAGCAAGCUGAGCAGCCUGCCCUCGACAAAGACAUGGAAGUUCCUGCCAUGACAGAGAAACUCCCAAGGGAAGAGGAGUCCGCCCCAGAGGAGCCCAUUCAGGAGGCUGCUCACACUGAUGCCCUUGCGGAUGCAGCUGCCGCCGAGGCUACGGAAGAGGCGGCAGCUACCGAAGAGGCGGCAAUGACUCCUGCACAGAAACGCAAGGCCAAGAAAGAUAAGAAGAAGCGACAAUCACUUGCGAUUGAAGAACCGCCCGUGCCUGCCGAGGAGUCGAAGCUUAUACCUACGGAAGAAGAUUCUACAGUUGUACUCGCCGAGAAGGCAUCCACUGAGCCUCCGUCAGCCGAGCAGUCCACUGUCAACAAAGAAGUGGAGGCUUCUGCUGUGACAGAAGAACCACCAAAGGCAGAAGAACCUUCCCUAGAGGAGGUAACUCAGCAGGAUGCCCCUGCCGAUGCUGCUGUGACAGAGGAGCCCAUCCAGGAGACUGUCAAUGCUGAUGCCCCUGCUGAUGCUGCUGCCACCGAGGCUGCCGUGGAGGAGGCAAUGACUCCUGCUCAGAAACGAAAAGCCAAGAAAGACAAGAAAAAGCAGCGCAAAUCGGUCGCUUUUGAGGACGAUGCCACUCCUUCAGCUGAAGAGCCAAAGCCGGAGCAAGAUUCACCUGCCCCUCAGAUUGAUGCUCCGGCUGACUUAGUUGCAACUGAAGAAUCCACCAAGGAGCUGCCCGUGACCGAGGAAUUUGUCGAGCCUGCCGCCGAAAAGGAGGUUUCCGAGAUAGUAGAACAGACCGCGCCCUCCGAACAACCAGCAGCCAUUAUGGAGCAGGAGCCAGACGCAGCGGCUCUAUCAGAUGCCCUCCAAACCACUCAAGUCGAGGAACCCACCUCUGCAGUGGACCCUCCAGCACAGCCUGAGCAAGACACCCAUAUUCCCUCAGAAUCCCAGUCACAAGAUGAAACUCAGGCCGAGGCGGGCAUGACAGCUAAGGAGCGUCGCAAAGCAAAGAAGAACAAGAAGAAGGGCAAGUCUGUGGACUUGGCCGCUGACGCUCCUGUCGCUACCGAGUCUCCGCAAGAGUCCGAGCCUUCUGCCCCAGCACCUGCCGAUGUUCCAAUUGAAGUCUCCGAGGUGCAAGAAACCCCUACUUCUGAACCCAUGAGCGCACCAGAUGCCCCCGAGGAGAAACCCGUCCUCGAUGCUGACACCGUCAAGGUCGAGGAGGCUGAAUCAACAGAAGCUGUGUUGGACAAUGAUCUGAAGGAAGAAGCUGCGGAAAGCAAAGAGAUCGAUAGCGGAGCUCCAGCCACCGAGACGACUGUCCAAUCUGAGCAGGGCCCUUCGAAGGAAGCAGAAGCUGCCUCAGAGCCCGCCGAACCGACCGAAGAGCCUGGCAUGUCAGCAAAGGAGCGACGCAAAGCCGCCAAAAAAGCGAAGAAACGCCAGUCCAAGAACGUCGACGCCGAUAACGAUGCCGCCACACCCACUGAUGCGGCCGACAGUGUCGAAAAGGUUCUCACUAAGGAGACAGACAUCCCCGGACUCCCAGCCACAACGGCCAUCUCGCCUGCUGAACAUGACGGUAAAGAACAUCAGUCCCACGACACACAAAGCUACGACGCCCCGGCGGCGCAAGAUCCGGCCUCGACUGAUGAUUUGAUGUCUUCCCAGGUAGAGCAGACCCCGAUAGAGAGUCAGAGUCCUUUUUUAGAUUAUCCUCCCCAGCCCGUGCUUGAGCGUUCAGUCAAUUCCGGCGAGUUGGAGGAGGUAAAUGCUCAGCAGCAGGAUGAUGUCAUUCCCGCUGCACAAGAGCCAGAGAAUGAGUUGGUUGAGUCUGCGCCUCUUGACGAGGUGAAGGCUGUUGGUGAUCCCUCCGUGGAGCAUGAGAUUGAGGAGAAGCCUGUGGAUGUGCCGGGUGAUGUUGUCCCUGAGGUACAGACACCAGAGUCUCAAGUGGAGGAGGCUUCUGAGACGGCUGUCUCGAAGAAACAGAAGAAGAAAAACAAGAAAAAGACAGAAAAACAAGAGAAGGAAACAGCAGCUGAGCCUACCAUUGAGGCCGAGCCUGCGGCAGUGCUCGAGGAGCAGCCAGCAGAUCAGUCAAAAGAUAUCGAGACUGCUACCGUCCAGACGACCGAGGACACACAAGAGAGAGAUGCAGUUGACGUUCAAGCCCAGCCUGGUCCUCCUGCUGAAGAGCCCGAAGUGAAGUCACGACCAGAGGAACAGCCAGUACCCGAGGCUGCAGAUGUAUCUGUCGCCGAUGCUUCCCCAAAGGCUGCGCCGGUCGAGGAGAAGCUACAAGAUGAUGUGAGUACCAUCGCAGAGACGUCUGUAGAGCAACCAGCUGAUAUUCCGCAGGAGUCCAUUAAAGACCCCAUACCAAGUCAGGAGCCUGAAAGCGAACGGCCUUUGCCUGAGCUUCUAUCUACAGAUGAGAAGCCGGUGGAGACAGAAGACGAGAAGCCAACCGAGCAAGCUUCAUCUGAGGCCCCCGUUGCCCACGAGGAAGUGCCACCAGCCCCCAAGAAGUUGAGCAAGAAAGAGAAAAAGAAGGCUGCGGCCGCCGCUGCUGCCGCUGUCCUCGAAGAAGAAAAGCUGGCCGAGUCACAACCAAUGCCAAACCUGUCUGAUAUCAUUCCUCGCGCGCCAGAGGGAGUGGUCGAACCACCCAUUGUUGAAGAGCUGCAGACUUCAGAACUGAACGAUGUUCGUCUGUCAGAGGCGGAAAGGAGCAUUGAUGAACUCGCUCAAGAGCCAAAGGCAACUCCUGAUGAGAUUAUCCCUGGGCCCGUGUCUAUUUCAGACGAGGCUCCUCAGUUGGAGCAAGAAAUCACUAAGACACCAGUCUUCGAGGAUUCCAACAUCGUUUCGGAAGACAAUCAACGUUUGGAGAGCCAGAAAGAUGAAGCUCUGGCUUCUUUCAACACGCCCGAAACAGAGGAAUCAACUCAUGGGCCCAAAGAUGAGCAACACGAAGCCCAAGCUAGUGUUGCUAAAGAGCUAUGUGGGGAACAACCUGGUGAACCUGUGUUGAUGCCGGCUUUGUCCAAGAAAAUGUCAAAGAAGGAAAAGCGCAAGGCCAAGAAGAUUGCCGGCACCACCGAGGAGGAUCUAAUUCAGCAAGAGGCAGAGCCCAAAGUUGCCCUGGAUGAGGUUCCCACUGAAUCUGAAGCUCCCAGCGACUUCGAACAUGCCGCAGCGGCUCAACCAACUACGGAGCGAGAGCUGACAACUGAAGCUCCCAACCCAGUUGCGGACCAAUCUACACUCGAGGCAGAGACUGAAACUAAGCCUAUCCAAAUCGAUGAACCUGUCGCCGACGACGAGCCUUCUCUUUCUCGUAAAGCUUCAAAGAAGAAGGGAAAGAAAGCCAAAAAGACAGCCCAAUCUCUGGAGACCGAACCACCAGCUCAGACUACGCUCGAUCAUGAUCACCAAGCUAUUAUCGCGCCCUUCGAGGAAGACCAAUCCAAGGCGCCAGAUGCGGAGGUCCCAAUCGAUAAGGCAGUUCCUGGUGAAGAGGACUGGCCUGCAAUUGACUGGGAGCAAGCAAAAUUUGAAGAGUCCCAGCGGUUGAGAGAGAUUGAUCCGGAGCCUGAGCCGGCAAUUGCAGCACCAGAUCCGGAGAUUAUUGGAGAGUUUGAUGAAUCUUCAAUUCCUGAAGCCUUGCAAGAUAGCUGGCAGGAGCCGAAGGAAGCUUCCGAGAAAGACAUCUGGGCCUUGCCAGCGAGCAAGAAAGACAAGAAAGCCCGGAAGAACAAGAAGGCAGCACAGCAAACAGCUCUGGAGGUUGCAGAGUCAUCACAGGAGGCUUUCGACGACAAGGAAAUCGAGCCGCCCGCUCGGACAACUACACCCGGUGGAACUAAAAUUGCCAAUCUGUUUCCCGGCCUUGAGCGUGGAGGAUUCCGGCGAUCGGCUUUGGAAAAGAAAACACCGUCGCUAAAAGAUAGUGCUGAGGAAGAGACAACAGCGGACCUGGAAGCAAAUCGCGAUAUCGCGAUCCCUGUCUUGGAAGCACCUCUAGCGACCACCCAACCCAAUGAGGUUGCCGAUAUUUCUACACAUGAGCUGCCCAGUGGUCUUGAGAGACAGAUUGAGUCUACAAUCUCGGAGCUGGAAGCUCACUCAGGAACUCCUGCUGCAGAGGAUGAAUCAACCCGAGAGCCAGAGCGUCCGGCGCAUGGCGAAAGAUCUCUGGACUCCCCGUUCUCAUUGCAAAUGAAAACUCCCAAAGAGAACACACUACAGAUUUCCAAUCCCUCACCGUCUAGCCGCUCUGAGGAACCUUCUUCUCCUACACGAUUUCUACCCCAGGCGGAAGCUGGACAAGAGUUGUGCGAACUACGUCGGUCACCGUCAAUCCACGGCCGGCACCAGCAGACACCCAGAACAUGGAGCUUAGACGAACCAUCUCUACAAGCUCUCCAUGCUCCGUCUCCCCCUCGGUCGCUCUUCGGAGGACCAGCUGGAGAUGAUUAUGUUCGACCCCGGACUCCGCUUGAUACAAUUGCGGAGCAGGAUCCACGGGAUGACCAAGGAGCGACCGUGGCUCGGCGCGGGACGCCCCGCCUGGAGAUGAAGCCUGAGCAUGUUCUACCUCGACCUCAGACACCUGUUCGGAAAUUCACGGACAAUGCGUUUGAUCGAGAAGCCUGGCCCACUGAGCGAUCAAAAAGCUCCAGCGGAUCUCAACAUGGUAUUUUAAAAACUCCCGAGCAAGGGAUGCCCAUCUUGAAACCCAGCACCAGCAGCGGAAAAUUACGUCGCACGAACCGCAGUGUUAGUGGCGAUCUGCGGGCGGCUAGUCGAGCGCUAGACUCUCCCCAGCCUUCGAAUCUCGAUCUCGAUCAGCUCUCGUCUUCUUCCUCUUACGACCCCGUCACCGACAAGGGCAAACGUCCGGUGCGUAACAUGUCGGAUGUCUAUGUAAGUUAUUGA